UAUUAAUAUAACCUUCCAAUCCUCUUCAACAAAACAUUAUUCCAACAACAAUGGAACAACAACAACCACCUUCCAAUUCCACAAUCGAUCCCUACGAAUUCCUCAAAAUCAAACUCAACUCCGACGGUUCCCUCACAAGAAACUACAUCGUCCCCACAUUACCACCUUCCUCCGAUCCCACACAAUCCGUUCUCUCCAAAGACAUUACUCUCAAUGCUGCCAAUAAUACCUCCAUCCGUCUCUUCCUCCCUAACCCUCCACCACCUUCCUCCGCCGCUAAACUCCCUCUCAUUCUCUACUUCCACGGCGGCGGUUUCAUCCUCUACCACUCUUCCUCCUCAUUUUUCCACGAUUCUUGCUCCACAAUCGCCUCUCAUUUCCCCGCCGUUGUUGCCUCCGUUGACUACCGUCUCUCGCCGGAGCACCGUCUCCCCGCCGCAUACGACGACGCCGUUGAUUCCCUCCUUUGGCUCAAAUCACAAGCUAUUAACUCUAACGAAUCUGAACCGUGGAUUAAAGACCACGUGGAUUUUACCAAAUGUUUUUUAAUGGGAAGUAGUGCUGGAGGUAAUAUGACCUACAUCGCAGGUUUACGUGCACUCGAUCUCGAUCUCGAACCUGUUAAGAUCCAAGGGCUGAUAAUGAACUCCCCGUUUUUCGGUGGGGUCCAGAGGACGGAAUCGGAGAAACGUAAUCAGAAUGAUCAUAUAUUGCCGCUAGUUGCUGGAGAUCUUAUGUGGGACAUGUGUUUACCAGAGGGUGCGGAUCGUGACCACGUGUAUUGUAAUCCGACGGUUACGGAUGGAGUAUAUGGUGAGAAGAUCGGACGGUUGCCGAAGUGUUUUAUUAAUGGGUACGCUGGGGAUCCUUUGGUGGAUAAACAAAUGGAGCUUGCGAAGAUUUUGGAGGCACGUGGUGUGCACGUGAAGUCUUGUUUUGUUAUGGAUGGGUUUCAUGCUUGUGAACUCUUUGAUCCUGCUAAGGCUAAGGCUUUGACUGAUAAUGUUCAGAAUUUUGUACUCUCUGUUGUGACUUAAUCUUAUUUGUCACACUUUGUGUCAGGUUGUGUGUUUGUGUUUUUUACUUCUAAAUUUGCAUUAAAUUGUUAUGUACAACAACAUCUUUUCGAUUCUUAGAUUUGGUUGAUGCACUGUGGUCGAGUUACCCGUGUAUGGGCUAUGUAGAAGGAUUGCAAUAAGGUUAUUUUUGCCAAAAUAAAAUUGAUUUUAGCCAAAUAUA